UGUUAAUAACUUUGCCACCAUGAAGGAAGUAUCGGGCAGCUGCAUCAGCAUCUAUAUGAGCCAUCUUUAUGGUGUGUUGAGGAAGUCAAAGAUGGUGGACAUGGUUGGAUUUAUGGACAGUACAAAAACUGGUGCCAUUGGGUGUGGCAAUCCAAUUGAGCGUUCCCGUGCAAUAGCCGAUAGGCUGAAAAAGGCAAAGCGUGGCCAGAUUAUUUUGUUGCCAUAUAACUCAGGUUGUCACUGGAUGCUGACUGUAAUAAACUCUGAAGAAAACACAGUCUACUUCAUGGACCCAUUAAAGAGGAGACUAAUUACGGGAGAGUGGAAGAGCAUUGUUGACAAGUAA